GGUCACGUGUGGCAGGUAAACAGUCUGGUGUCAGCAGUGAGUUUCUCGAAGCCGAGGCGGUCAGUCUGUUCGUCUGUUUCGGUGCUGUGUUCCGCUGGUUCGCAGUGUUUCGCUGUAUGGUGGUGCCCCAGCAAGCGGGUGAUGCUCCGGCUGCCCCAGGUCAGGAGGACGAGGAUGACGACGAGCCGCUGCUGCUGAUGACGACUUCGGUGAUGCUCCCUCAGAAAACCCCGCCAGUUACCGCCGAGCAGAAUGUGCUGCACACGUUCUUCUCCCAUCUUGGUCACUUCUCCUAUGACAAGGCCAAGGACAACGUGGAGCGGGAGAAGGAAGCCAACAAGACGGCCGGCGCCUCCUGGUCUUCCAUGCUGGCGGCGCUGGCGCAUCUGGCGGCCGCGGAGAAGGCGUAUCACAGCAUGAGCUUCCUGGGGCAGAAGCCGGGUGGUCAGUCCUUCUUCGGCCGGAAGGAUUCCAUCAGGACGAAUUACACCUCACUGCACAAUGAACUGAAGAAAGUGGUCACAACAGGUAGAAAUGCCACUGGUGGGACAGCUCCUCACUUGGAAGAGCUGCUGUCACAUCUGUCAGAACAGCUCUGCUUCUUUGUUCAGGCUCGAAUGGAGAUUGCAGAUUUUUAUGAAAAAAUGUACACGCUGAGCAGUCAAAAAUUUGUGAACGCCGAGGAAUUGGUGAACAUUUUAGAGGCCAUCUUAAAGAAGUACAACUCCAGGUUCCACCAUCCUAUAUUAUCUCCUCUAGAAAAUGGCUUCCAGCUUGAAGCGGAUGUUCUGGUGCAUCUUUUGAAGGCCCAGAGCCUGAUAUUUGAGUGGAAGUUCCUCUUGUCCCUUGUAAACUUGCACAAUGCACAUACAAAACUGCAGAGCUGGGGUCAGAUAUUUGAAAAGCAAAAAGAGACAAAAAAGCAUCUAUUUGGGGGGCAGUCUCAGAAGACAAUGCAGCCACCACAUCUGUUCUCAUGGCUCCAGAAAUUUAAAAAUAUCCUGCUUGCCAAGUUCAGCUUCUAUUUUCAUGAAGCACUAAGCCGACAGACCUCAGAGAUGAAGACCCUCACUGCUAAAACAAAUCCGGAUUACUUUGGAAAAAUCUCCAGCUUCAUUAGAAAAUAUGAUGCCGUCAACGUAUCCUUAAUUUUUGAUAACCGGGGAUCAGAAAGUUUUCAGGGGCAUGGGUACCAUCAUCCGGAUUCUUACAGAGAAGCCCCUAAAGGGGUUGACCAGUAUCCUGCAGUGGUGUCGCUACCACUUGAGAGACCUGCGGUUCACUGGCCAAAUGUUAUCAUGAUAAUGACUGAGAAGAUUGCAGAUCUAAACACUUUAGAGAAGGUUGUCCACUUCUUUGAUGACAAAGUGCAAAGUACCUAUUUUCUGACACGACCUGAGCCAAAUUUUACCAUUGUGGUCAUUUUUGAGUCAAAGAAAUCAGAGAGAGACUCCCACUUCAUAUCUUUUCUAAAUGAGCUUUCUCAGUCGCUUAAAUCCUCCAGAGUAUAUGCAAGCCUAAAGCCGGGCUCAAAAAGUUAGAACUAGUAGCAGUCUAACAUUGUACAAAGGUAAUUUCCAGCCCAUAGUCAUGUCCCAUUUAUUGCCAUAUCCGAGGAAACAAAGGCCCAAGGUAUUGUAUCUGCUGAUCCAGUUUACACAGUUAAAAAAAUUCUCCUAUAGGCCACCAGUCAUCUGUUCCUGGGUGCCAGCCUUACAAAGUACCAAGAAGAUAUGUUAAGGGGUUUUCCACCUUUUGAGAUACUGAUGACCUAUCCUCCAGAUAGAUCAUCAAUAUUAGAUUGGUGAGGAUCCGACAACUUCAGUUCUGGGAGGUAAGCUGCCAUACACCAUUUUGGCCACUACAUAGUGGAUGGAGCCUUCUUCGUUACGCUCAUCCACUCUUAGGAGACAGUCAGACCUCUGUCGAUUUGAUAUUGAUGACCCAUCCGGAGUAUAGAUCAUCUAUAUCUAAAAGGUGGGGAAUUCCUUUUAAAGUUUCUGUGCCUUUCCAAAUUUUUUUUUGUCAACGACUGACCUUGUUUUAUUGGUAUCAACGGGCUGUUGAUUAUUUCCUACAUUUUAGUGAUAGAUUUCUGAAGCUCUGCAGAGCUGCAAAACGCAAUAGAUCAUCCAAAGAGUCCUGUACGAUCACAGUAGUCACACAUGGUAUCAGAGGUGUUUUUAUGGCUCAUAGUCUAUUAUCAUUUUAUAAAGUGUCUGUAUUAAGGGGGCGAAGACUAUUGUGGUAAUAUCACAGUGAUUGAGGUGAUUUAACCCAAACUAUAUUGUACGUUUCAGCAAUGCUUGAUUUUAUACGUUUGUUCUUUGUCCUUUACUGUAUCACAGUGACCUAUUUAUGGGACAUUGCAGCUUUGUAUUACAUGCUUCUCUUUCAUGUUAUAGUGAUAGUUGCCCUCAGUCCUGUCCAUCCACGUCUGACUGGUUGUCCUGGGAUGUGUCCUAUAGAAGUACAUCCAUGCCUACACUGGAGAAUAUAGUGCAGCAGAAUUGUUUUACCUCUGUAUUGCUAUGGAGGCGAGGACGUACCUAUAUAGAUCAUCUCUCAAUAUCGACUGUUGGUCGUAUGUGAGCGGCAGUGGCUGAAGGUAAAUGACCCUUCAAUGUCUUCUCCCCUCAGUUACUACAAGCUGGCUGAGUAUUCUGGUGUGGAAACUAUAGCACAAUCUGAGUAUCAAUAGCAGCAGGAGAAUGCGCAAUAUUUCUGUACUCGACCAGUAUUGUAGAGCCUUGUUUUUGUAGUUUCUAUACAUUUCUACUGAUGACUACUACUGGUAGCUGCUAUCUCCGUGCAGGAAACUCGGUUUCUUAAUUUAUAUAUUUAUGUUUUGUGACUGGAACAACUUUAUGAAAAUUGAGUUGAUGACUUAGUAGGGUGUCUAAAUAAGGUCUCAUGCACACAACCGUAUUUCGGCUCCACGUCAUUUUUUUUGCGGAUCGAACAGGAUCGAACACAGACUGAUUCAUUUCUAUGGGUCCGCAUCCAUGUGGCUUUUCUGCAAAUUGUAGAACAUGCCCAACUCUUGUCCGUUUUGUGACAUGCACACAACUGGUAUCCGUAUUUUGGAUAUGCUUGUGUGCAUGAGGCCUAAAAAGGAUUUCUUUUUUCAACAAAUACUGUAUAUUUUUACAUGACUUUGAAAGCAAUUGUUCUAAUUCCAGGACUACAACAAUAAUGACACCUUUUUAAGAUCUGUUGCUUUUUACAUUUUGAUAAUUCUCGUGUGGAAUAUACAUUGUUGCAAUAUGUUAAAAAUGGAACGGGUAUAAUAACUGCACUAACGGAGGAGUUUAAGAUAUUAUAUAUGCUGCUGAAUUAAAAUCUAUUUGCAAACCUA